CAUACCCACUGUUAUCUACAAGUCGCGUUUUCGCAUCGUUCUUUUUCACUCGUUUUCACUCUGACUUCUUUACGGAAUGGGUAUCCCGAUGUGGCGUGAGCCUUCCAAGGCCGAGGUACAUAAGUCUGCUAUCGAGAAGGACCGCACUGCUGCUGCGCGUUCGACCAUCGGCCGUCGGGGCUCAUCGCGCCACGGUAUCUCUCGUGCGCGCCGGAAUGUCUUGGCUUCGUUUCAGUCGCAGGUUAUCGAUGAGCUCCGACGCGGCAGUGAUCUCCCCCGGCGAUCUCCUGUGCAGAACAACGGGAUAAGUGAGGAUGGAAUGACAUUGGCGCAAGCUCAACGCGAGGCUUUCAGCAGGGGUCCUUCCUCGCGCCGGAAUCACCGCCAGCGGUCCGAUCAAUCCUACUCCCUGCGUGAAAAUCAAGCCUUGACCGACCUGCUUGGUCGCCCAGGCUUUCACCCUCAGAGCUUCCGCAACGGUAGCCCUUCAUUCACCCCGAACUUUGCUCCAGCUGCCGCAUACCAUACCCGCGGCUCCUCAACUCCCUCCUCGGACGACAUGCGGCUUCCGCCCCUGCGUCGCACAGACAGCCCCAGUGACGAGCCUUCCUUCUUCAUGCCGUCAAGCCUCAUUCGUAUCAAUCGAAACGCGGCCCAGCCAAGUCGACUGAACCGAGAGACCGCGAUGGAUGGGCUUGGGGAUCGCCAACGCAGCCCGAGUCCUGACGGAGAUCGCGAUACUAUCGCGUGGGAAACUUUGUUGUCGACCAUCACGCCCGAUGCCACGCUACCUUCCAAUGACACCUCAUUCGCCUCAAGUUCCGCUUCUGCGCCUGAUGUUACUCGCAAUGGAACUACUCGCGCCUCUACCAACUCGACUCUACCAUCUUCCUUGAGCUCUACCCGCAACGCCGCGCUCGACCCUUACCCUGACCAUCUCAACCCUUGUGACUUUUCUUCUUCGGACGACGAGGAUACACCUGUAAAUUACCGCCGGUUCAUUGGUCAGCCCAGCACCAUGCCCCUCUCGCUCCAACGUUUCCCAGAUAUCCGCUCGACCCUGAGCAGGCACCCUCCCGUUCCUACCAUUUCACUUUCCAUCACCGAUCACAAUAAUGACGAUCUCCAGCAGAUGCAGGCCAUCCUGGAUCGACUUGCCCGCCGUGAAGACAUUCCGGACGACUGGUGGGCGGCUGCGGGUCUGGCACGAACGCUCGACCGAGGUCUCAGCGCGAGCAUGGACUCGACGGACAACGAAGGCGCUUCUCAGCCUAACCGCGGUGACCUUUGAGGACCAAUUUUCGCAUUACAUGACAUGACAUUUGAUACUGGCGAUGGCGUUUUCUUUCACAGGGACUGAAUUCCACCGGAUAUUUUUUAAUUGUGUUGGACUGGACCACGGGGCGUUGUUAUGAAUCAUAAAAGGACUCACUACUGGAGUCGAAAGUUGUUUGAUUCUUCUGUCUUUCGGUUAUGCUGCACUGGCUGCAGUACCAAGCUCGGCCUUUGCUAUGGAUCUGGCAAGGGCGCUGUCGUCUUCAGCGAUUUCGAUUUUUGUAUUGAUAUGCUUAUGAUGUAAUUUUCAUAAUCGUUUCGAACAAAAUGAACUUCUACCCAACGUUAUGUUGGGAAUACGAUACUCC